UCUUCCAGAUAAUUUUGGAUGGUAUGGCUCCAAUUUCUCCGACGUCUUCCUCCAGCUCUGAAGCCUCCCCAACUCCGGUCGGCUGAAACUGGACGUCUAGCGGGGCUGUGGGCACACCUCCAUGGCCUCGGCCGCAAUCCUCCCCAAGCUUCAGUUGAGGCCAAGAUGCCACAGCUACUUUCAGGUGAUCGAUCCAGUUCGUGCGCACAUCAAAAUACACGGUGCCUGCAAGUGCCGGAUACCCGCGCAUGGGUUGCUUGUUUCCAGUCCGAGGAACGGGUUUGAGGCACACAUUCCAGCCGGUGUCUGCAGUUGGAUCAGGUCGGGACUCGUCGAUCACUGAGGCUAAGAGGAAGAGCGACCUGACGCUGGAGAACGUCAAGACGUCCAUCGUGUCGCGCGACGAUGAAAUGAUCAAUGUACGAGUACAGUUGCCUGGGAAGGCAACACAAAAGAUUUUCGAUGAAGCCCUAACAUUCUUGGCUCGUGAUGCACCGCCGGUUCCUGGUUUCAGAAAGUCCAAGGGAGGGAAAACAUCAAAUAUACCCAGCAGCAUCCUCCUGCAGAUGCUCGGCAAAAGCCGGGUCACCAAGUUCGUCCUUCAGGAGAUACUCACCAUCACCAUCGAAGAAUUUAUCAAGAAGGAAAACCUCAAGGUGAACCCAGAAAUCAGGACGACCCAGACCGAAAGCGAGAUGGAGUCGGUGUUCACGCCGGGUUCGGCAUUCGUGUUCAAUGUUAUCCUGCAGCUAGAGAAGUCUGACUCUGAUGAGGAUUCAGAGGAGCAAUCUGACUCCUCAGAGUAGAAAGAACUGGUUAUCCCCUGCAUACAUUCAUCACUCCCAUGUGCUAUCUCUUAUGAAUGUAUUAAUUGGAAAGUUGUUGCAACUGUUUUGAUCUUGCAAGUUGCAACUGAAACAUUUCUGAAGAUAUGAAUAGCCGCACUGAACAUGAACACACA